UUUGGGGAAAAAUAAUUCUAAAUAGUAUUUAGUAAAUACCUAAUUUGAUUCACAAAUUUUCUUUUUCUAUGAAUUACAUAUUACAUGGAUAAGUAGCUUGAUAAAUUAAAAUAAUCAAUAUGGAAGAAUUAAAGCUUUAAAUUAACCACGUAUUAUGGUGUGGUAUUAUUGUUUAUAAAAUGGGCGCAAAUAGCAGUAAAAAAUUGGCAGCAAAAUGCUCUUUUUUGUCAAAGGAUGAGCAAGUCAUCGUAGGGAAUUCUUUCAGAUUGGCUAGCAAGAACUCAGAGAAAAUUAAAGAAGAUGAACUUACAAAAUUAUGGGGAGCCCAAAUGGACCCAAGAUUAUUGCAAUACAUAAAUAAUUAUUUAUUUGGAUUGGGAGAAUCAAGAAUUAACACUGUAGAUUUAGAGAGGUUCGCGGAAUUGUUUGUAUUUUGCACUAGAGGCACUGUAGAUGAAAAAGUUAAGGUUUUAUUAAUAUCGCUAGGAAAUAAUGAGCAAGAAGAUAUUGAUAUACCCAAUAAUUUAGUAAUAGAAUAUGUAGAAAGUAUAGUAGCGUCAUACAUGAAAAUUCAAAAAAUUUGUAACUCAAAGCAAUAUAAAAGUUGGGCAACAAAAGGGUGUGUUAUAUCCCCACAAAAUACUCAACGAUUUGCAGAAAGCUUGACAAAUGAAUUGGAAAAUAAAGAGAUCAAAAGAAAAGCUUUGGAGACAUGGCUACAGGGUUCUACUGUAUUAGGACAACUUCUUCUUUACGUUUUCAUGCAUCUGUACAACAUAUCCCACAAAGACAAGGCUCUAUUGGGGGCUGAUAAAACAGCCUUGACUUCUCUGCAAGAGGCACCGGAAUGUCUGGAAAAUGAAAAGGAUAGGACCCUGUUGCCAAUGUGCAAGAAUAUGGAACUUAUUCCUUCGUAUCCCAGCAUUUUGGAUUUGAAUCAGAUUGUUUUUGUUAAUGCUCAUUUACCUCAACUUGGUACUGUACUUGCUGAGUGGAGGUUUUUAUUUAGUUCCGAAAUACAUGGGGAAUCUUUUUCUACUCUAUUAGGUAGGAUAGUAAAUCAAGGCCCUUCAGUGUUGAUUUUGGAGGAUAAGGGAGGUCACGUUUUUGGCGGAUUUGCUUCAUCCAAUUGGGAGCUUGGUCCGAAAUUUUACGGCGAUGACAGUAGUUUUUUGUUUUCUUUGUCGCCGAAAAUGCGUGUGUUUCCCUCUACCGGCUACAACCAGCACUUUCAGUACCUUAAUUUGCACCAGCAAACGCUGCCAAAUGGAUUGGCAAUGGGCGGCCAACACGGCUACAACGGCAUCUGGAUCGACUCGGAGUACGGGCACGGGCAGUGCAGCCAAUCCUGCACCACCUACCAGGGCUACGAGCAGCUGUCCAGCGCCAAGGACUUCCAGUUCCGGCACCUGGAGGUGUGGGGGCUGGGCGCGCCGCCCCUCAGCGCGCAAGAAAAGGGCGAGCGCGUCGGCUCGAGCGGCGGCGGCAGCGUGCUGGACGGCAACGCCGAGAACAAGGCGAUGCUGGAAAUGGCGGGAAAGAAAAUGCACAGCGACGGUCUCAGGGAGCCCGAGCCCACUUAGAUUCGCACGAAUUUGUUCGGUAUGCGAGUUUUUUUGUUGAGGUUUUUGUGUGCUGAAGUAUUCGAAAACGUAAUAAACGAUAAAGGUUGAAUUGUUUAAGAUUAGUGUUUAUAACCAGUUUAAAGUUUAUUAAAGUUAUACUUACUAAUUUAAAAUAAAAUAUUUUUAAUUUACAAAUCUUUUCGAAAUUUCAAAAUUUUAUUAAUGAAAAUUAUGUUUUGCUUAUUUAAGAAUCAAUUUACCUAAAACAAAACUUCCAAAAUUAAAUUCAUGAUUUUUUAGCAAAACCUGCAAUUUAUAUUUUCCAGUUUCUAUUCACCUUGGUUUAUGGUGCUAAAAUCCAAAUUAGGUUUUAGAAAAAG